AAGGGGUACCGUAACGCCACUUCUCUACCACAGUCCGCAGCGGCAAACCCUCAACCCAAACGGCACAAGGGAGCUAGAGACAGAGAUGGCGAAGCCGGAGAACAAGCAAAAGCAAACGCGAGAGGAGUCCCACCUGCGACUGAAGAAAAUUAUCAAUUCGCACUUCGAAAACCUAAAGGAGACCAACGAGGUUUUGUAUAAUACUCGACGUUCUUCUUCGGAGAAAGUGAACUGGGAAGAGAUUGUGAAGAUGGGCGACCAUAUCUAUAAGCACGCUACUAUUGUGGGAAUGCUUUUCAAUGGGCAAACACCAGAAGCCAAAGAACUGGAGGAAAGCAUAGAAAUAUACUUCAACUUAAUACAGGGCUUACUUUUUCUUUCUCAUGGAAGCAAAGUUGGCGCAGGAUAUACUCUUUCUUCCUAUAUAGAGUCAUCUGUAUCAAAAGUUGUUGACAGCAGUAAUCGGUUGCUGAUGGACUCUGUCACUUUAUAUGGAUUUCCUGAUAGAAAGGUCCCAAUUCCACAGUUAGUUGGUGUUGUGUGGGAUGCAUGUUCUGCUCUAAAGAAAACUCCUACUACAAAUAUCACAGCGAUCGGGCGAGCAGUGACGCAAAAUUCAGCUUCUAUCAAGGAUGUCCUUCGCGAGAUGAAAGAGCUCAACCCAGCUCCCUCUGGUGGUGCUUCAAGCAGUGGACCUGAUGAUGCUUAUAACGUGGCUGGUGAUGAUCUAGGUAAUGACUUGUCGCUUGAAGAGAUGGCAGUUGUUCAAUCAGCGAUCUUCGUGGUGUCUGAUACCCUUAAAGUUAUGAAGGAACUUAUACGGGCCAUCACUGGUUUUCUGAAGCUGGAAACUGACAAAGGCACUGGUUCAAAAACUUUCGUAGUAUCUUUGGAAAAAUUAGCGGACUCAUGCAAUGGAAUCCGAUCACAGAUUGAUCAUAUUGGGGCUUGUCUUUACCCUCCGCAAGAUUCUCUGGAGUUAAAAACUGCUGUGAAGAAAAUAGUGAGCCAUGUCAAUGAACUGCAGCAAGAAGUUGAGCAUCUUGAAAGCUCUUCAGAAGUUCUCUCUCAAGCAUGCAACACUUUGAAGGUUUCAUUGAGCCAAAUGGAAUACAGUCUAGAUAAUCCCAAUACAAUUGAUAUGCCAAAUCAACCGUAAAUUGUCCAUGCUAGCAAGCUAGCAACUAGGUGAAAUGGUGUGGUUUGGUGAAGGUCAUGGUUUGAAUCAGGUAGUUUUGUCAAUAUGUUUUACUUUGUUCGUUUUUGUUCUCCAGUAUUAUUUAAUGAUUAGUUUUGAGUUCCAGAUUGUAAAAGUAUGGCUGAACCUGAGAAGAAUUUUGGUUCCUGCAUCAAAUUAUAUCAAGUCAUUGUCUUCUGUCA